GAGAGAGAGAGAGAGAGAGAGAGAGAGAGAGGAAAGAGAGAGAGAGAGGAAAGGGAGAGAGAGAGGAAAGGGAGAGAGAGAGAGAGACAGAGAGAGAGAGAGGAGAGAGAGAGGAAAGAGAGAGAGAGGAAAGAGAGAGGAAAGAGAGACAGAGAGAGAGAGAGGAGAGAGAGAGGAAAGAGAGAGAGAGAGAAAGGGAGAGAGAGAGAGAGGAAAGAGAGAGGAAAGAGAGACAGAGAGAGAGAGAGAGGAAAGAGAGAGGAAAGAGAGAGGAAAGAGAGAGGAAAGAGAGAGGAAAGAGAGAGGAAAGAGAGAGAGAGAGAGGAAAGAGAGAGAGUUAUGAUAGAGGCGUGUGGUCAGUGUGUGUCAUACCGUGUGGUCAGUGUGUGUCGUACCGUGUGGUUAGUGUGUGUCGUACCGUGUGGUCAGUGUGUGUCGUACCGUGUGGUCAGUGUGUGUCGUACCGUGUGGUCAGUGUGUGUCGUACCGUGUGGUCAGUGUGUGUCAUACCGUGUGGUUAGUGUGUGUCGUACCGUGUGGUACCGUGUGUGUGGUACCGUGUGGUACCGUGUGGUACUGUGUGGUCAGUGUGUGGUCAGUGUGUGGUACUGUGUGGUCAGUGUGUGGUACCGUGUGGUCAGUGUGGGGUACUGUGUGGUCAGUGUGUGGUCAGUGUGUGGUACUGUGUGGUCAGUGUGUGGUACCGUGUGGUCAGUGUGUGGUACUGUGUGGUCAGUGUGUGGUCAGUGUGUGGUACUGUGUGGUCAGUGUGUGGUACUGUGUGGUCAGUGUGUGGUACUGUGUGGUCAGUGUGUGGUACCGUGUGGUCAGUGUGUGGUACCGUGUGGUCAGUGUGUGGUACUGUGUGGUCAGUGUGUGGUACCGUGUGGUCAGUGUGUGGUACUUGUGUGGUACUGUGUGGUCAGUGUGUGGUACCGUGUGGUCAGUGUGUGGUACUGUGUGGUCAGUGUGUGGUACUGUGUGGUCAGUGUGUGGUCAGUGUGUGGUACUGUGUGGUCAGUGUGUGGUACUGUGUGGUCAGUGUGUGGUACUGUGUGGUACUGUGUGGUACCGUGUGGUCAGUGUGUGGUACUGUGUGGUCAGUGUGUGGUCAGUGUGUGGUACUGUGUGGUACCGUGUGGUCAGGUGGUCAGUGUGUGGUACCGUGUGGUACCGUGUGGUCAGUGUGUGGUACCGUGUGGUCAGGUGGUCAGUGUGUGGUACCGGGUGGUCAGGUGGUCAGUGUGUGGUACUGUGUGGUCAGGUGGUCAGUGUGUGGUACCGUGUCGUCUCCAUCGGGGUCCUGCAGGGAGCUGUAGUAGGUCAGGUGGUCAGUGUGUGGUACCGUGUGGUCAGGUGGUCAGUGUGUGGUACCGUGUCGUCUCCAUCGGGGUCCUGCAGGGAGCUGUAGUAGGUCAGGUGGUCAGUGUGUGGUACCGUGUGGUCAGUGUGUGGUACCGUGUGGUCAGUGUGUGGUACCGUGUCGUCUCCAUCGGGGUCCUGCAGGGAGCUGUAGUAGGUCAGGUGGUCAGUGUGUGGUCAGGUGGUCAGUGUGUGGUACCGUGUCGUCUCCAUCGGGGUCCUGCAGGGAGCUGUAGUAGGUCAGGUGGUCAGUGUGUGGUACCAUGUCGUCUCCAUCGGGGUCCUGCAGGGAGCUGUAGUAGGUCAGGUGGUCAGUGUGUGGUACCGUGUGGUCAGGUGGUCAGUGUGUGGUACCGUGUCGUCUCCAUCGGGGUCCUGCAGGGAGCUGUAGUAGGUCAGGUGGUCAGUGUGUGGUCAGUGUGUGGUACCGUGUGGUCAGGUGGUCAGUGUGUGGUACCAUGUCGUCUCCAUCGGGGUCCUGCAGGGAGCUGUAGUAGGUCAGGUGGUCAGUGUGUGGUACCGUGUGGUCAGGUGGUCAGUGUGUGGUACCGUGUCGUCUCCAUCGGGGUCCUGCAGGGAGCUGUAGUAGGUCAGGUGGUCAGUGUGUGGUACUGUGUGGUCAGUGUGUGGUACCGUGUCGUCUCCAUCGGGGUCCUGCAGGGAGCUGUAGUAGGUCAGGUGGUCAGUGUGUGGUACUGUGUGGUACCGUGUCGUCUCCAUCGGGGUCCUGCAGGGAGCUGUAGUAGGUCAGGUGGUCAGUGUGUGGUACCGUGUGGUCAGUGUGUGGUACCGUGUGGUCAGUGUGUGGUACCGUGUCGUCUCCAUCGGGGUCCUGCAGGGAGCUGUAGUAGGUCAGGUGGUCAGUGUGUGGUCAGGUGGUCAGUGUGUGGUACUGUGUGGUACCGUGUCGUCUCCAUCGGGGUCCUGCAGGGAGCUGUAGUAGGUCAGGUGGUCAGUGUGUGGUACUGUGUGGUACCGUGUCGUCUCCAUCGGGGUCCUGCAGGGAGCUGUAGUAGGUCAGGUGGUCAGUGUGUGGUACCGUGUGGUCAGUGUGUGGUACCGUGUGGUCAGUGUGUGGUACCGUGUCGUCUCCAUCGGGGUCCUGCAGGGAGCUGUAGUAGGUCAGGUGGUCAGUGUGUGGUCAGGUGGUCAGUGUGUGGUACCGUGUCGUCUCCAUCGGGGUCCUGCAGGGAGCUGUAGUAGGCCGCUCUCUCAUCCUCUUCUUCCAUAAAGACGGGAGGCUCAUAUGACGUCAGGAAGGUAGACGGUCGGUACAGGUGCUUGUUCAGGUGGUGCUGCCUCUUAUU